GCGGUAACAUUGUUGUGGAACGACGUCACAGCUCGAAAAUGAAGGCGCAGAGGCAGCCAUUACUGGAGCUUCUCUAAUUAUUUUAUUCCAAAUAAAUACUCGUGGAAAACUCCCAUGGCAAGAGCUACAAGUCAGCUGGUGAGUGUUACAACUUAACCAUUGAUAACACUUCGAAGCCGGUGCUGAAAAUGUUCAGUGUGGCGGCUGUUUGACAACAAAUAGUUAGGUCGGGCCUUCAUGUGAAGAGCGGUGCUAGCCGCAAAAGACCGUUUAACGUUACGACUCACUAGCAACGUUAGCUCAACACCUAAUGUUCACUACGCUGCUAGGGUUGCUCAACAACUUGCUUGAUUUAUGGUACUAAGCUAAAGGGGUUAUUUUUGAAGGAGUUCCAUCAGUCAGUGUGUUUAUGGUGCUUUUUAUAGCAGGCUUUACCGUUUCCCCUUGGUCAGAAGCCUUAUCUGUUAGCUAAACAUGUUCGCGCUUUCGAGCUAUGCUCCUGCCUGCUAACAAGCUAACAUUAGCUUCACUGCGUCCCACCUUUGCUUUGAGGAAAAGUUUUUAAUGUUAAUGUUGAUCAGAUUGAUUGUCAACCAGCUCGCUAGCACUAUUCACACUAAUGUAAGCAAACUUGCUCUGGAUGAGAUCGAGAAAUGUUAGAUGGCAGCAGAUCAAGAUUUUGAAGUUACUUAUCGGUUACCUGGCUUGCUAGUGUUAGCUAAUUGACCGAGUGUUAGCGUUAAGUUUGUAACUCGCUGUCAGUGAUGGCCGGCUUUAUUUGACAAGGCAAAGGGAGCUAACGAUAGCUAGCUAGUUAGAGAGCGAAAAAAGUUCACCCAGGCCCGGUGUUAUCUGAGUACUCAUGGCCAGGUCGACGUUAACUUUGCUUAGCAUUUUCUACUACUCAUCAUGUGGUUGACCAGUCGUAAGGGAUCGGUUGAUAGGUUUACGACCCGAUUGGCAACCAUAAAAGUCAAGUCCGGAUCAGGCAGCUAAAUGGCCACACCUUGGUUUUGAAUGAGAAGGAGCUAGGCCAGCUGAACUUCACUAAGUUUUAAGGUAAACCCAAUUUAUGACACGUUAUAGAAUUGCUAGUCAGUUGAAGCAGUAACUUGGCUCGAGCACCAGGUGCGUGAAGGCUCAGCUGGUCGCUCUGUGUUUUCUUUGAGUUAACUUUAAUUACUUUGGGCAUUUCUCGCCUGCGUUUGUGUGCGUUAGCUGCCAUGUCAGUUCCAUCAUUAAUGAACAAAUUUGAUCUCUACCGCAUUUGAUAAGGAAGUUAAAACAGUGUCAUAUAAAAGGCCGAAACUCUGACACAGUAUUUCUUACUUUGAACUACUUUUAUUGGGUGCGACCACCAGGCACAGCUUGUACAGUGGCUUGUUGUAAGUUCUCUAUCAAUUCUAGACUUUGCACCUCAAGUGGUCUCACAAGAAAUUAAACCCUGAAGUAAAGAUAUCCUUCAAUAGAAUGGUUAUUAUAUUUCAAAGGUGGUAUAUAGUACAUUAUCUGGUAAUGAUCAGCACUUCAGGUAUGAAUAUUUUCUGUUAUGAAAACUGCAAACUUUGAAGUAGUUAGUUUUUAGUUUUCUGCUUCACCGGAAAAUUUAAUAACUUAUAUCAAAUAAAUCUUUCUAGGCAUUAUAAAUACCCUCAAUAGAUUUUCACUGUUAUCUUUCUCAUCUCAUCUUAUCAGGGUUGUUUUUGAAAAUACGAACUAUAGUCUUCAUAAUUGAACAAUCUGUUGUUCCUGUGAUAAUGUUAAAACAAUAUACACAGCUGAAAUGGAGGUUAAACAGCUAAAUACAAACUUUUUCAGUAAAUGUAUAGUUUUUAUGUACUGAUGUAUUGAAAGCAGUUUAAAUAGGUAUAGUUCUGAUCUGUUGUUUCUUUUGUUUAUAUUGUCAGACAUUUGUUGUUGAUCAAAGACACAAUAAAAAAGAUGAUUUUUUUUUUGUUUUCAGCCAGAGUUAAAAUGCACCAGAUUGGCUUUUUGAGCAUUUUAAAUAAUGGUGCAGUUCUCUGUGUUUCCCGUUAUAAAGUACUUUCAUGUACUUUUUGUAUUUUCAUUUCAAAUAAAGGCUGCAUGCUGAUGUUUACUUAUAUAUUCCCUCUCUUGUUUCAGUAUGAUGUUGUGCCCAUUCAGCCCAGCGUUGUCAUCUGUUCCUGCUCGCAUCCAUCAAUGGUAAGAAACCACCCUGACUCCUGCUCGCCACUUGCUAUCCCAGGCGCAAGCAGUAGCCACUGUCCCAGCAUGGAGGGAUCAGCUGGAGGUCCGAGCCAGGGCUCGGACCUCCGCACACAGACGGCAGUCCAGGCGCCUCAGCCACGCAAGAAGAAGCCAGAGGACUUCAAGUUUGGCAAGAUAUUGGGAGAGGGCUCCUUCUCCACGGUAUGUAGCCUGCAUUCCACUCAGCCUUUGAAUUAACUAGGUAGAUGUUGCUACAUGCUAGCAUUCUUUUGAUUAAUGUGCUUGAAUGAGUCAUCCUCAUCUCAUAUCAGAUGAAUCAACAAAACAAGCCCUAAGGUCUGGUAAGAGAACAGGUUGCCAUGUUAUGGUUUUUGUAUUUAUUUUUUAUCCUUAGGUUGUCCUGGCAAGAGAGCAGGUAACAGCAAAAGAAUAUGCAAGUAAGUAUUAAUACAUGUUUAAGGAACAAAAUGUCAUGUCUGUUUUUACUACUGUGUCCUACAGUGCUCUUUUCUGUCCCACAGUUAAGAUUUUAGAGAAGCGCCAUAUUAUGAAGGAGAACAAAGCCCAGUACGUGAAAAGAGAACGAGAUUUGAUGUCAAGUCUAGAUCACCCCUUCUUCGUCAAGCUGUACUUCACAUUUCAAGAUGAUGAGAAGUUGUGUAUCCUUUAACCAGUAAUCUUUGCUAAGGCAUGUUGUCACCUGCUGUUGCUCUUAUGUUUGGAAAACUAUUCCUGUUGUAAGGUUUUCUGAAAGAAUUGCUCUGUUGUCAUUUCAUUUUUCCUUAACUAGCCUUUUCUAGAUUUUGGUCUCAGCUACGCUAAGAAUGGCGAGCUCCUGAAAUACAUUCGCAAAAUAGGUUCAUUUGAUGAGACCUGUACUAGAUUCUACUCGGCUGAAAUAGUUUGUGCUCUAGAAUACUUACACAAUAAGGGGAUAAUACACAGGUAAGAUAUCAUGCAUAUUUUAUCCAUAGUGGCAUAAAUAUAACAUAAUGUAUAUAUGUACUCUUUUUGUACAAUCUUUCUUUCGUAUUUUAAACCCUUUUCAGUAUUUUCACAAGUUUCUUUUUAUUUCAGAGAUCUGAAACCAGAAAAUAUUCUUCUGAGUGAAGAGAUGCACAUCCAGAUAACAGAUUUUGGGACAGCAAAACAGUUAUCAUCAGACAGUAAACAAGGUAUUACCACAAUCCUAAUGUUACCUCUACUUCCACAUUGAGUAAAAGGACUAUUCCAGUGAUAUGACCUCGGCAUUCACUUCCUGAAAGCACAAUUAGGUUUUCCAUGCCAUCUUACAAUUCAUUUGCAUUUGCAGCAAGAGCAAACUCCUUUGUUGGGACAGCACAGUACGUGUCUCCAGAGCUGCUAACGGAGAAAUCAGCCUGCAAGAGGUAACCAGAUUUGGCCAUAAUGACGGCCUUACUCGCUGAUUGUUUUUUUUUCUAUGUUUAUCUAAAAGAAGUGGCAUCAUAUCUGAAAGUUUUUUUGGUUUUUUUUGUCUCCUUCUCUAUUUGAUGUUAAGCUCUGACCUCUGGGCUUUGGGAUGUAUUAUCUAUCAGCUGGUGGCUGGUUUACCACCGUUCAGAGCUGGGUAAGUACUGAUUGGUUUGUUACAGCUUAGCUGGUACCAAUUGAAUCAUGCUUCAAUAAUAGCUGAUCUUGAACUACUAUUUUCUCAAUUAAGUUUACUGCUGUGGGAUGUUUCAAGUGAAAUAUAAGUCCCAUUGACCUGGUUAUAUAAACCAAGUAAAGUAAUAUUUCCUUACCUCUUUAACUGUCAUUUUUUUGUUGUUGUUCUCUUUCUCUUGUGUUUCACCUGUUGCAGAAAUGAAUACCUAAUAUUCCAGAAGAUAAUAAAGCUGGAGUAUGAAUUCCCAGAGAAAUUCUUCCCCAAAGCCAUGGAUCUUGUUAGACAGCUUUUGGUAGGUCUUCAAGUACCAUGAUUCAUAUUUGAACUGUUACUGAAUGUUUCAGAUACAUGUAGGAACAAUAAUCUGGUGUUUGCACUUUGUGCUUUCCGCAUCCACUAUCUAUGGGGAUAUUUUCUAGAGAGCAACGAGACUAGUUUGUUUCAGUAUAAGUAUGUUACAUACUACAUCACAAGAGUCUCGCUUAAGUUAGGAAAAUAAGGAGAAGAGGACGAAGUACAUUGGCUGUUCAUUUACACUAUCUGCAUAGGAAGUGGUAGGUGUGAACUACCCCAAUGUUGUAGGUGUCAGUGUAUUAUAAACUGAUACGUGUUAAAAAGACAGAUAUUGAAAGGAGGACAAGGGGUAAACAAAGUUCUUAUUUCUGUGGACUUAUCGUGUGCUGUGGAGAAACAAAAGUGAAAAUGUCCUGAAAAGAUAUAAAGACUGCGAGGUAUGGCCAACAUCACCAGGCCAGGCCAUAUCAUUGUAGCAAUAAUUGUCAGUCACAAUACACAUAACGCAUGAUAUUUUCUUCUGCUCACCUCAUCCUUUUUUUACUCUCCUCAGUCACUGGACCCUUCCAAACGGAUUGGGUGUGAAGAGAUGGGAGGUUAUGACCCUUUGAGGCAGCACCCUUUCUUCGACACCAUCUCCUGGGGUGACUUACACACACAGACACCCCCAAAGCUCACCCCCUAUCUGCCAGCCAUGUCAGAGGAUGAUGAGGACUGCUACGGAAAUGUAAGACACUCUAUCAUGGUCUAGGUUGCUUUUUUUUUUUUUUUGCCGUUGCAUUUUCCAGAAGCCCUGAGCCAAACACAAAAAUAUUUGGGAAAAAUCAGACCUCUCUUAUUCUUUAUCCCAGUACGAUGACCUCCUGAGCCAGUUCAGCAACAUGCAGGUGGCCCAGUCCACAUCGUCACACUCCCUGUCGCCACAUGAAUCCACACCCCCACAGAGGUCCAGCAGUAAUAUUGAGCAGUACAUCCAUGACUUGGACAAUAACUCUUUUGAGCUGGACUUGCAGUUCACUGAAGAGGAGAAGCAGCUACUGCUGGACAAACAGACCACUGGAAACCCCUGGUAAACAUCCACCAUUUCCAUCUAAUGAUAUACGUAUGCCUGAGUGUUGCUCAGGGAUUAAACUACCAUGUCUUUCUCACAUCCUCAAAUUGCACUUUUAGUUAAACAUUAGUAUUUUUUUCUGCUUGAAAAAUUUGUUGGGGGAAAAAAUAGUGAGCUUAAUGUAAGAGGUGUCAUUAAUCAGCUGUUGCUUUUUUUUUACGCAGGCAUCAGUUUGUGGACAACAACUUGAUUCUAAAAAUGGGCCCAGUGGAUAAAAGAAAGGUGUGUGGGAUUUUCAUAAACCUAUAUUUUAGAUUUUGUAGUUUCUGUAUAUUUCUGACAUUUAGACAAUGAUGUGAUUCUUACAGAGUUUCUGACUGGCAGAGGUGUCAAGUUUGAGUCAUAAUACCAGUAAAACAAUGUCUUUUAAAGGUAGAGGGUAUGAGGCUUUUGGAGUGAAAGAAAAAGAGUCUCAGAACAUCAGGAUAAAUGUGUCAUGCUUAUGUUUGUGAUGAAGUCGACCUGUUGAUUUUGAAUCAACAGCAGUGAGCCAUUGUGGCAGUUUAUGUUGAUCCUGGUUGCAUCUACUUUACAGUGUAGUAUGACAUCAUCCCUCAGCCAAAGACACAGUAAAUUACAAAAUGUAAAUAAGGUGUGAUCCGGUUUUGUUUAGCGCUUCAUUUCCAUGAGUCCUUACACAAAGGCUGUUACCAGCUUUGAUGUAACCACCCUUUACAACUCGAAAGAUAAAUUUAAAUUUAGAAAAUUGGCUCUAGUAAAUAAGAGCUAGGGUUGUCACAAUAUUAGAAUUUCCAGUUCAAUACGAUACCAGAUGAAAAAAAGGGAUAUUCAUUAACUGUCUUAAUACCUCUGCAACAAAAGCUGUUUAGGUUUAUUUUUGAUUUCAAACCUGUGCAAAGGGAUGGAACAGAACAGACCACACUGUUUAUAGAAAUGAAAGGCAAAAUCUGUAAGAUUUGUCGUAAAGAAUAAUGUCUUAAAAUUAACGUGUUAAUAAUCUAUCAUGAUUAGUGUCAGCCAUAGUGCUGUAAAGCUCCCUGACUACACUCAGGUCCGAACUAAUGGAAAAUAUCAAAAGACCGGGUAAUAUCUCUCCACUGUCUGUUAUAGACAUAAACGCAACAUGUGUCCUUAUUAGAAGGACCUGAAACAUCAGUAGGCAGUGAGUUCGGGGAGUAUUGGCUGAUUUUAGCUGCAGACAGACUAAAUCCAGGACCUUCUUUCUCAUACAUGUGGAGGUAUGGGUGUAGUUAUAAUUUCUUUAGAGUGUAACCACCAUGUAAGAGUAGAAAAAAAGACUUCGCUUUUUAAUUUUUAUCAUGGGUUGACCUUUUCAUUUCGCUUAAUAUCCGUGUCGAACAGGGCCUACUGCUUGUGCUCUGCUUCAUUCAGGUUAAAAAAAUGAGUGCAGAUCUGUUUUCUAUUUGCGUAGGUAUUUUUCAAUAAUAUUGAACUUCAAAGUAUUGGGUAUUGUAUCAUUUGAAAGCUUGUGGUAUGGAAAAGUAUCCAAACUGUAGAGAGCCUUAGGGACUGGAGACACUUUUCUUAGUCCAUGCAGCUAAGAGUGAUCAGCUGUAGUGAAGGAAAGCAACAUCUCUCUCUCUCUCUCUCUCUCUCUCUCUCUCUCUCUCUCUCUCUCUCUCUCUCUCUCUCUCUCUCUCUCUCUCUCUCUCUCUCUCUCUCUCUCUCUCUCUCUCUCUCUCUCUCUCUCUCUCUCUCUCUCUCUCUCUCAAUUAGAAAUGAUUUUUUAAAUUUUCUUCAAAUCGAGUUUUCAAAAUUACAUUUCACAUUGACUACUUGCUAUAAUCGAUUAUUUUACUAUUAAGCAAUUGUCUUGUUUAUUUAAUACAUUUUUGCCUUAAGUUCUAUUACUAUGCAGUUUCCAUACUCAUUGAAAUAUUAAAGGGUUAGCUUGUUUUCUUAUCAGGCCUAAAUAGAUAUACUUUAAGUACAGUAGACUGGGUAAUCUACAUUACUUAUUCUUUAUUAUUAGACAAAAAUUCGCUCAGGAAUAUAAUAUCUGAAUGGCCCUUUAAUGAUGAAGUAGAUAGUGGAGAAAUAUGAAAAAUCAUUGUGUUUUCCCUCUACACCCUGGCCACCCCUAUCUAUGAUCCCUAAUUGUGCUAUCCCAUUCAAAAAGAAGCCUGGGCAUGCCCUUGCAUAGCAGCCCAGAGAAAACAGUGGGGCCUGAAUUCUGUUUGGCUGUUAAGUUUGCUCAAAAGCAGCAGGAAAGCACCUGCCCACUAGUUUUUGAAGAAUGAAAGGAAACAGGAGAACAUCAAUUUCUAUCUCAAAAAGAUGAUUAGUAAAAAGGUGACUCCACUAAUGGCAAGAGGAGAAGAACCAACAGUUAGCUUGAGUGCAAUAUGUGCAAGCGAAUCCACAACACACCAGCACAGGGCUGUUCAGCGUUAGUCUUCAACAAACUGAUCAGGAUGAAGUCUAAAGGGAAUACAUGUCACUAUGAGCAGCAGGAAGAACAUGAGGACUCUGCUGUUGAUGCUGGCUUUGCAGAUGGAAAUAAAACAUUGAAACAAAAAAUGAAUAUGUAAGUCUUUGUCUGUCACUAAUGUGAUAUAUGAUAAUAUGUGCGCAUUACAAAAAAAAAAAAACAGCAAAAUGUUUCGACAGCUCCUAGUCCUACCUGCUGACUGAGACGAUUCAACAGUUGUGGUUUUUGUAGUUUAAUUUUGAAAUGGGAGUAUUUCAUCAAUCUAAACUGUGUAAAUGAAGUCUUUUCCAAUUGUGCUCAUUCAGGCCUCUAAUGUAUACAGUGGGACGUAAAGGGGAUUUCCCUGCUGCAGUCAGGAAAUUGUCACUGGCGUACCAGCCCCCUCUGUUGGUGAACUAAUAUCUUGAGCCAUGUGGCACUCCAUUGCAGGGUCUGUUUGCUCGACGGAGACAGCUGCUUCUCACCGAAGGACCACACCUGUACUAUGUAGAUCCUGUCAACAAGGUCUUAAAAGGGGAGAUUCCUUGGUCCCUAGAACUACGCCCUGAGGCCAAGAACUUCAAAACCUUCUUUGUUCACACGGUACAUGGCUGUUUGUUUCUGAUGUCCAGCAUGCUUUCCUGUAGCUGCUUGUUGAUACUUGCCCACUUUUUCAAUCUCUUCUCAUCAACGGUUUGUUUUUCAACAUCCUGUUUUUCUUUGAUAUUUGCAGCCUAACCGAACAUACUAUUUGAUGGACCCCAGCGGAAAUGCUGACAGAUGGUGUAAGAAGAUCCAGGAAGUGUGGAGAAAGAUCUAUCAAAGGCACCAAAACCCUGGUCUAUAGGAGCAUCUUUCCUCCUGUGGCCACUCCUCUUUAGCUCUGAGGCCAAUCACUGAGCAGAGUAACACCCUCUUUAGUGCCCUUCAUCACCGCAAUGUAAACAAACUCUUAGAGACGCUGGCAUCUAGACCUUGUUUGUUUUCCUGAGUAGAAACAUGGGGAAAAUACAACUUUGGAUUCAGGGUUGCUUUGCUUGUUCUUUGUGCUCUCUGUGAGGCUUCUAUUGCAUUUUUUCCAUGUAUGGAUGAUAAGACUGCCACCAUGCACAUCUGCUUUUUGUACAUUCAGCAGGAAGGGGAAGAGAAAAGGCAGACUUUUCCUGUAGGGUGACACAAGUUUGGGUACCACCAGGACUGUCUCAAAAGCAAGGACUGGUUUCCUGCUCAAAUGAUACAUAACACAAAAACUAGCUUUUGUGAACCAGAGCCUUUCCUGAUAUCUCAACUAAACCAUAUCCUACUCCUACAUUGUACGUGCAAGCUGUAGUCAGGUCCCACUUUUAACGCAAAUAUUCCAUAGUUGUAACAGAUACCGUAAGCUGAUUCAGUCUCACAUGUUUACCAUACUCAGAUCCUCCCUAUAUUUUGUCACAACCCAAAUGCUCCCAUGAUAUAAGAGUUUCUUGGUACUUGCUUACUGCAGUCCAGUUAAAGUGUCGAUGUAAGAAAGCAGAGUGAGACAUAGGUCUGAAUCAGUCUCUGUGUAAGUGUGAGCCUUCCAUUGCUGUUACUGAGGAGGUAUUGCUAACAGGGGGUGGGUAAACAUGCCACUAGCUUGUACUUCCUAAUCAUAACUUGCUUCUCUUUCCUGCAUGGCCAGUUUUGUAGCUCAGCCUUGUCCGCUUUUCUCUCCUAGGGCACUGGAGAUAUAGUUUAUACAAGUUUAAAGGUGGGUAUUUUUGACUGCAUUGGCAACCAUAGCGAUUGUUAUUGGAUGAUUUGGCUGUUCUGUACCAUUCACUGGCUAUUUCGUUGUGGUGUGAAUUCUUCGAUUUCUUUUUCUGUGGGAUAGUCGGCUCAUCUUCAGUAUGUCCUAUUGAAAAAAAUCUCAUGUGCUGACCACCCCAUGCUGAACAGAAAAACCUUCAUCCUAAGAGAUACAUACACAUACUAUCAUUCUCCGAAGCAAUCACAGUAAAGCUGUUGUCCCAGGACAAGAUGGCAGAACUGCCUCAUCGGGCUCAUCAGCCUAUCUUCUUUUAUUUUCAUUCUGACGUUUGGCCCAAUAGAAAUUAAAGCGAUUGAUUUAACUUGUGCUCUUGUUUUAGCAAUAUGUAUUAUCAUAAAGCUUUUAAUUUUUGUGACAUAUUACCUUCAGGUCCUUUCCAAAGGUCCUCUUCCUUCAGCUGAGUCUGUGUGUGCAGUGUGUGACUGGAGCAUAGGUGAAUAGGACCCUCUGGCCCUGGGGCCCGGGGCUCGAUGUGGUUGGAUGUCAGUUAAAGGAUAUCUAUCUGAUCCAAAUAACCGAUGAAAUUGCUGUAUCUGUCUAUAAAGUUGAGGAAAGCACUAGAGAAGUGUAUAUCCUCUAUUUAGAAAAUUUGUUUGAAUCAAGUCGAUGGCAGUCGGUUACAUUGUGUAUGAAAUACUCUACCUGGCUUGUAACUGACUAGAACUGUGAUGUACAGAUGAUGUAUUAUUAAAAUCUGAAGCAAGUAAUGCAAUGAUAUUAGGAUACAGUUUUUGUAUUUUUAUUCUUGUAUAAGGUUAUUUGAUGGCUAUUGUUUAGCCUCUAGUUCAUUCUGUGUUAUUUAAAUUCUAAUAUAUGAAUCAUAUUUGGAUUGAAGUCAUGUUCAGGGGCCAUGUUGUGUAUGUAUUGAGAUGUAAAGCCUUUGAAUGUGAAUAAUUAUUGUAAACUAUAAUAUUUUACAGCUUUUUUCUUACUAUAUCAUACAUUUUCUAUUUGCUCAGUGAUUUAAUCAUAUUCUGAUAAUUUAAUGAAUCUGUUCAUUCUCUCUCUGAUUAUUUGUGCGCUAGGUCAGUAGAUGUUGAAUGAUGAAUUUUCCACUUAAUGCUUGGUAGUCCAGUAAUUAAAGCAUGUAGGGAUUUAGGCAUACAAAUACAGUCAUGUGUCCUGUCUUCUGUUAACAGCCACAGUCAUGACACAGUGAAAGCAGCAGCAGCAUUCAGUGGCUAUGGCAUCUCACAUUUUGCAGCGUGUAAAUAAAGUAUCGGCCCAUUAUAAGUG